AUGACCCUUGAAAACUAUGUCAAGUUGAUUGAUCAAUCCCUGCGAUCCCAUGUGGAACAAAACUUACAUCUUGAACAAUUCAUCCUUACAUAUCGUGAUCCAAAAUUGGAUUCUCACUUGGAUACUUGGAUUGACAUGGCGAUUAAACUUAAUGUCACAGUGCUGGGGAUUUACCCUUUCUUUUUACGUUCAUAUAGCUUACCUGAUGUUAUUUAUGCUGCUAAAAAGCUCACAAAAUUGUGGUUAAGCAGGUGCAAGUUUGAAUUUGAUAUUAACGCCACUCACAUAAGAUUCUGUUGUCUUGAGGAUCUUUAUUUGCACCAUGUCCAUAUUUCAGAUGCUCAAUUGCAAAGAGUUAUCAAUAGAUCCCCGUUCAUUAGGACUCUAAACCUACUCGCUUGCCAGGGAAUAAACAAAUUGCAAGUUUUUGGCCUGGUACAUCUGGAGAAUUUGAUUGUUGAAUUGUGCAAACUCGAUAGUGUGAUAGUCCAGGCCCCAAAUCUUCAAUACUUUAGAUAUACAGAAUGUACUGAUCAUCCUUGCGAAAUUUCUAUUUUGGAUGGUUACAAUACUUUACAAACACUCGCACUCACUGGUGCCAGCAUCACGGACCAACAGUUUCGAGAUGUAUCCUAUAAGUUCCCAAACAUUUCAGAAUUGAAUCUAGCAAGAUGCUAUAAACUGAAAUAUAUAGAGAUUCAGAGUGAAAAACUCAUGAAUUUCACCUUAGCCGGGUUGCAGAGUCUGGAAGAAGUCACGAUUGAAGCUCCAAAUUUAUUGAAAUUCAAUUUUAAUGGUGAUAAAAUGCCCUUCUCAUCUAUGGAUCCUUCUUCCUUGGAGACAGCCCGACUCAAUUUCUUCUCACCUAGCACAGUAAGAUCAAAAUUUGGAGAUGUGGACAGCAGUUGGUACACAAACCUUCAUCACUUUGUCCGAAAGUUCAACUAUUCUAAAGGUUUGAUGUUAGUAAUAUUUUGCCGCAAGACCAAACACGUCCUUAUUUAUGAAAAUUCAACAGAAAUUGUUAUUCCCCCAAGUCAUGAUGUCGAGAUAUUCAUUGCACCCAUACCGCGUGUUGAAUCGAUCAUUGGAACAUUAAUGUUCAAUUAUCCCAAGAUGAUGUCCAUACUUCCAUGUACACAUAGCAAAGCACUCCAGGUGCUGUCUGGACUUAAAGGGUGUACACAGAAGCAAAAAUGUGGUAAAGAAUGUCCAUUCAAUACCGAGUUUUCCCACAGGUAUCGUAAAUUAGAAGAAGUCAUCAGUUGUACUGGGACAUCUGAGGAGGGAAUGACCUCCAUUUGGUAUUCCUGGUUGAAAUCUACGUCUCUAAUUGACCAAGUGACAAAUUUCAUGCUCAAAUGGAAAGUAUAAGCUUAGACCGAAGAGCCUUGGGAAUUCAGCAUAUAGAGUUAAUUAGAGUGUUCAGAAUAAGUAUGAUCUAUUACAUAUAUACAUUUUCUGUUUUGCAUUUUUUGGCUCUGACUAAGACCUCCAAUCAAAUUCAUGAAAUACAUAUUGCGCCAUCUGUGGUUUAGUUUAUAAAGAAAGAGAAAUUAGCAGAUCAAUUUCAUUGCACUUCUUUCUUUAGUAUCAAUGUUGAUGAUUCUGUAGAUGAAUUGGAAAAUAUAAUA